GGGCGUUGUUUUCGUCGUAUGUGUUUUGUUUAUAUUCGUACAAUUGUGUAUUAAAUAUAAUUGUUAAACGAAAUAAUUAAUUAAAAGUUAUCAACAAACAAUGCACUCACAUGUCCCACUUACUGUGCUGCUGCUAACGGCGCUAUUAAUUCGCGAUGGUGCUGCAAUUUGGUGUUAUCGCUGCACUUCCGCCACGCCCGGCUGCGCCGACAACUUCAACUGGCGCGGCAUCGGCUUCCUGGGCGAACAGUGUCCCGAGAGCAACGAUAUUUGCGUUAAAGUGACCGAGCGACGCGGCGCCAAGGAGACCAUAACCCGCGACUGUCUCAGUGCGCUCAACUUUCGCACAGACAUUCCCGCUGACAAGUACGAAGGCUGUCGGCCGGCAGCAAAGGAUUUGCGCCUGGCCCACUACGUCAAUCACACGAUCAAGGAGCACGACGUGAAGCGCGACUACUUCACUGACACGACCUUCUGUUUCUGCUUCCUAGACCAUCGCUGUAAUGGAGCCAGCGGUCUACAUAAGUCAGCAGUGGCCGGAGCAGCUGUCCUCCUCCUGCUGCUGCUCGGCACACUUCAGUCUCACUGAACAGCACUUAAUCCUAGUACCAAAGUGCCUUACCAUUAACGACAGUUCAAUUUUCAACUCGAAUCUCGUUUAGCCACAUUCCGUCCAAUCACACAACAGCUUACAAUUUUUAUGUAGUCUCUAUUUACCGAACUACUUAUGUAAUACAAUUUUUAUAAUAUACACAGAUGAAGUCUAUGAAA